AUGGUGGCGUCGUUUCCUGAGCCUGCGCCGAUCCUGCUGGCGUUCGAGAAGAAGAGGCUUCAGCGCCAGCAGCAGCGGGAACGCGAGAGAGCGCGACGCGAGGAAACGGCGGACGCGCGGGGGGCCUUGUCUCCGUCUCGCGCGUCCUCUGCGCAGGGGAAGAAGAGCGCAGCGUCUCGAAAGGUCAGACCAGCGACGGUGUCUUCCGCCUGCGAGGGGGCGGUGCGAGGAGACCGAGAGCGAGGCGGCGACCGCGAGAAGCCGCAGUGGCGACCGUCCCGCAGCCGCAGCGACUCGCCGAGGACGCGAGAGGACGGCGAGCCUGACGGCGGACGAAGAGCAGGCGAAGAAGAAGCUCACGCGAAAAAACCGUCGCGCAAGCGCUCUCGCAUGGACGCGGAGAGGAACACUUCGCGGCCCGAAGACGGCGAAGACGACGACGCGGGUUUCACCUCCCGCAGAGACGGGCAGGGAGACAGACGGCGGCGCCGGCAAGAAAGCGAGAGAGACAGCGCGAGGGUCGGAAGACUGCCGCGAAGAGACGGGGACGACCGGCGAAGGUCGAAGAGGGGCUCGCUGCACGCGGAUUCGUCUCUCGAUGUGGCGCUUGAGGAAGCGCCAAGAGAUAGGGAUCGCGCCGGGCGACGCGGCACGGUUUUCAGAGGCGACCGCGCGACGACGCGGCGCAUCGUAGAGGCGCGGUCGUCGAGCCCGAUUCUGAUUUCGUCUGAGGCAGGCCACGCAAGUCCGCGGCUCCUUCGCUUGCGGCCGGCGGGCGCAGAGGCGUCCCCAAUGUCGCUUUCCACGGGGGCUCCAGUUGUGUUUGUGACGGCCUCGCCUGCGUCGCGUCGCGGCGACGCGGCCGUGCUUCGUCCGCUUUCGCAUCCGUUCAAGCCGAGCAGCGGCGAGCCGCUCCACGCCUCUCUGUCUGCAAAGAAGAAGGCGCGAUCGCGAAGGCCUGGCAGCCGCGUGCCGGUGCUGUGCCCUGAAGACUCCGACGCCUUGAGCUCCGCCGAGCCGAGGAAGGGCGCGUCGCCGCGUCGCGGGGAGACGCGUGCCUUUUCUUCGACGUCGCAUCGGGGGGGAUCUUCCGCGGGCCUUCGCGGCCGCGAUCGAGAGCUGAGGGGCGACGCGCUCACGAGGGAGGACACGCCGGCGGAGGAACGCACUCAGCGACGGUGGCGCGACCGCGACAGCGAGGCAGACGAGACGCCCCCGGAGAAUGGCGUCAACACGCCGGAGGGGAGGACGCACCGCAGAGAGCGACGCGCGAGGAGCAAAGCGGAGCUGAGUGAGCGCAGAAGACAGCAGGAGCGAACACGCGCGUACGCCAAGGACGACAGGCGCGCCGACAGCGCGUCGGGCGCCCGCGCGGGCGCCUGGCGGGACGCGGCGCGCAGAAGGGAGGCAGAGAGAGCAGGCAGGCGCGAGACAUUUAGAGACAGGCAGCCACUUGGGGACGCGACCACGUCCGACGCGGCGUCUUCGCGCGACACAUACUCAAGAAGGAGAUCGCCAGACUUUUACGCAGGCGCCGCACAGAAACCGGCUGAGGCGCGUGCACAGGUGCUGGUCACGCGGACUGAGAGCGGCGAGAGCACCAGCUCGACGGGCCUGCCGGAUGUUCGGGCGCGGAGACACUCUCUCGGGGGCGUGCGUAAGGGCUCCACGACCGCGGUCGGAAGGCGCGAGGCGGACGUCUCGCGCCUGCAGCCCUUCCAGCCCUCCUCGCCCUCUGGACCUCGGCGCAUCGCGCCUGCGGCGAUGCGGAACAACGCGACCGGCGCAAAAAUCCUCGUUCAGGCUUCUGGCGCCAGUGCAGCGCGGGCAGGCGGUGAGGGACGGGCGCCGCUUGCAGAGGGACAAGAACUCCCCCCGACUUCGCGCGCCAUCUUUUCGCACACUUCCUCCUACGGGCUGCCUUCGCUGCACACCGGUCUCCAGCCCGGCAGCGCCGCGCGCGGGGCUGCAGAGUGGCGCGAGGGCAACGCGGAAGGGAGGGCGCUGGAGGGGGCGGGCGAGCGAGCCACUCGCCGCUCGCCGUUCUCGAACGGGGCGGAAGGGACGAACCUGCAGACCCCCGUGACGCCCGACAGCGCAGCCGUGCUUCAGGAACAGGUUCGCGCGCAGACGGAGGCGGAGAAGGAGCGGCGCGAACUCGAGGCGCGCGAGAGGCGCGAAAGAGAAGCGCGCGAGAAGAUGCUCCAAGAGGAAGAACGACGCAGACAGGAGGCGCUCUUCGCGAAGGCUCCAGUCGACCCCACGUCCUUUGCGUUCUUCUGGCUCGACGCGAAGCAACGUGACGGGAAAGCUCCGAGCGAACGCGACAGCCUAGCCGCGAGGGAUGGGUGCAAGGAGUCGGAGUCGGGGGCCGUCUCGCCUGAGUCUUCUCUGGCGUCUUCUCUCCAGACAGCCGCGCUGACGUACUCGUCGCCCAGGCGACAUCGGGUGGGGGGGCAGCAAAGUUCGGAGGCGUCUUCCGCGUCCGUUCCUUCUUGGUCUUCCGCCUCGAGCGGCGCUGAAGGGCACUCCGUGCCGUCGACCGAGGCAGGCAAGCAAAGCCUCUCUCGCGCGUUCCUCUCGCCGGCGCCAGGCGAGCGAAAAGCCAGCGAGACCUCGAUGGAGAGGCCGGGCGCUUCCUCGCUUCCCCUCUUCGUGGGCGUAAGCGCGGGGGGCAGCACCACGGCGCCGACGGAGAGCCGCGCGAGCAGUCUCGCGGGCGCGCGCACGGCGCGCCUGCCGUCCGCAGCGCCGUCUUCCUCUGUCGCGCGUUCCCUCGCGCGUCCAAGCUCUGCGCGCGCAGCGAGCGACGACCAGCUGCGCCGCCCUCAGGGCGAGGUUCCGCUGUGCGCGGCGCGGGGGGCACGCGCCAGCGAAGCCGCCCGCACGCCGCCAAGGGAGCCUUUCUCGUCGUGGAUGAAGGCGCACGCGGACGCGUUCGUCUCGUCACCACUCACAGCAGCCACGCAGCGCGUUUUUGGAGGCGAGGCGAACCAGGGGGAUGAAGAGGGGCUCGAGAGCCGCGCUCCGGCGGCGGCCUUCCGCGCCGAGGUGGCGGAGGACGCGAGACAGCGGAGCGAGGGCGGACGUGACGCAGACGACGGAGGCGACAGACACGCGCGGCGCUGCGAGGCCCUGUACGCCGCGAUGUUCCGGGCGGCGGGCUUGUCGGAGGGUGAGGCUGAGGCGAAGGCCCGACGCCUGAACCUCUCGCGGCGCCCUACGACGAAAAGCAGAGACGCACAGACGAGACUGUUGGAGGAAGCGACCGCUGGAGAGGCAGGGCGGGGACCUGAGGCGCGACUGUGCCACUCGCCGGAGGAAGGCGAUUUGCAUUCAGGUGACCGUCUCCGCGCGCUGAUGACGCCGACGUUCCUUCCUGUGGAGUCUUCUUACCCCUCUCCUUUCGCAUCGGAGGUCUCCGCGCCGCCUCCUGUCUUGCCGACCUUCUCCGCCGAAGGCAGCUCGCCCGCCUUCCCUCGCGAGUCUGCGGGGACUCUCUCAGGCCUUCCGCCGGCCGUUGAGACGCGCGACGACGCGGAGAAAAGACGCCAGAGGAACGUAGAGGCGGUGAUGGAGGCGGUGAACACAGGGGCCUCCUCAUUCGCCCUCGCUCUGCCUCCCGCCCCGCCGAGCUGCCGCCCCUUUGACAUCGCCGCCGAGCGAGCGCGCGCGAGAGAGCGAGAACGAGAAGCCACGCGGGCCCAGAUGCCGGAAGACGACGUGGAAGACGUCAAGCGCGAAGCAGAGGCUGGCGUCAACGACUUCCUCUCCUUCCUCGCUGCGCCUCUGCUGUCCGCAUCGGAUCGCCCUUUGACGGCGCCUCCGGCGCUGAGGGCGUGCCUCGCGUCCCUCGCGGCGUCUCCGCCCUCGGCUGCGCUGCUGCGCCUCGCAGGCGACGCAGAGACGCCGGACGCGCGCGACGGCGACGCGCUCGCCGACGCCGCUAGCGCGAGGACGACUCUAGGAGAAAACCAGGCCACUGGAGGACAGAACGGGGUCGUGGAUGUGAAGCAGCUCCCCGUCAUGAAACACAUCUUUGAGCCGAUCCUGCAGGCAGCGGAGGCUGCCACGACAAAUGAGGAGUUGAAGAAGCUGGUUUCCGUGUUCCCCGCGACGGCGAAGAGCCCAGCCGCGCACCAGGACGUACUUCUCUGCUUCGCGGAGCGUGUCGCGCGCGCCGGUCUGCGCGACGCGCGGCGGCGCCUCGAGAGCCUCGCGGUGUCGAUUCACCGAAAGGGAGCGGCGCUGCUCGCCGAGCGCCGCGCCCAGGAGGCCGCCCAGCAAGCGGAAGAAGCUGCGCAUCUGCAGGAAGUCCGACAGGCGCUCGCGUAUCGCCGCCUCUGGUGCGGAAUUCGGCUCAUCGCAGAUCACAAGCUGCGCGACCUCUGCACAGCCCGGCAGCUCCUGGCGCCGCUGCAGGUGGAGCUCGGCGCUGCAGACCUCGAGGAGAAGCUGCGUCUUCGAGUCGCCGCUCUUUCCACUCCCGAGGGUGAGGCUGCUCCUGAGAGCGUCAGGCAGACUCUCAAGGCGGAGUCGGUAGAGAACGAGAAGAGAGAAGAAGGCGAACUCUCUGGAGAGCCGCGGCCGCCAGAAGUACUCGGAGAGGAGUUGCUGGCGUGCGACGAAGAGGCGCAGCGAAUCAAGGAAGAAGAAGAGCGCAAGGCGGCGCUGGAGAGACGCAUUCGCCUGCGGAAACUUCGCGUGCAGAUCCACGAAGGCAUCAACGAAGGCACACAGAUGCUCGAGGCACUGCAGUACCAACGCAAUCAAGUUCUCAUGCUGGCGCAGCUCCUCCACCGCGCGGUGCUGCCGCACGUCGACGAGAAAGGCCUUCUGCUUCAGCUACAGAGACGCCGGUCUCAGCGGUGGGAUGGUACUCCGGAGCGCGCAGCUGCGGUGCCUGCCUCGAAGGAAGCCCGCGCUGAGCUCAGCGAGCUGCCACGCUCGCCGACUGCUGCGGACGGGCGCGCGGGGGUCGCGUCCUCUCCUCUGCGCCGCGAAUCGGCGCCGAGUGGAUCCCAGGGCGCUCGCGCGGCGUUUGCGUCGUCACCUCGCUCCGGUCGGGGUCGCGCGCCCUUGCUCCAGUCUCCGCGGAUUCGCGACCUGUUGCCCGCGCUGCUUCUUGAGAGCUUGCCGUCUCUGCCGCCUUCGCGGCGCUUCUCGCUCGCCUCGCUCGUGGGCGAACGCUCCGUCCUCGGCGAGGACGACGCGCACGAGCCCGGCGCCCUCGACUGCAAAGUCCCCGCGGGCCUCAGGACCCCGAGUGACGGAGACGCGAGGGACGGCGCGGAGGAGAAGCGCGGCGUAGGGAGGAGCUGGCGGCAGACGUUCGCUGAGAGCGGCGAGAUUCGAGAGGCUCCACAGGGAGGGCGACUCGGAGCGUCGCUUUUGCUCCAGGGCUCGUCCAGCGACCGGCCCCUGAGGCUCUCGGAUCUCGGCGGAGGCGAGGAGAAAGGCGACAACGGCAGUCUCGGGGGCGAGACGCAGCAGGUCGACGCGACCCAAGAGCUCGACGCAGAUCGUCUCCGCGAGGGCCUCGUGAGAUCCCCUGACGCCGACCACCGCUUGCACCGCGCGGCGUUCACAGGGGCGGGUCACGCGUCGCUGUUGGCUGCUUCGCAUCAGGACGGCGAGAGGAAGGAGGGACGACCCUUCACUCUCGCGGCCUCGCGCGAGAGGGAUGGUCGGAGCGUCUCCUUCCUGCCUCCACCCUCUGACGGGCUCCUCGGGUUGUCCGCAAGCGGCGUCUCCGCCGCGAGGAGGGCGGCGUUCGACGCGGACGCGCCGGAAGAGAAUCCUCGCGCCGGCACAGAGGCGUUCCUCGCGCACGCGUUCGCGCAGCAGCUGCGCGACUCGCGAGACGACGAAGCGGCGGCGGCGAGCGUGCGCCGCGCGAAGCUCGCCUCCCACGCGGGCCUCGCCCGCGUCGCGGCCCUGAGAGAGACGGUGCGCGCGGCGCGGUCGGAGCUGCUGUUGGUCUCCGCCGAGGAGACACCUGCGGCGCUGCGCGGCGCGCGGCGCGGCGACAAAGAGGCCGGCGCCUACUCGAAGGCCCGCGGGGCGCGAGCCGAGGCGCUACAUGCCCGAGGAGGCGCGGAGGCAGGAAGGACGGGCGAGGCGCUUCCGCGAGCGAUAAAGGCGAGCGCACUCGACCGAAUCCUAAUGCAGGCGUCCCUCUCGGUGCCCACAGGGGCGCUCCGGGGGCUCAGACGCUGGACGGGCGAAGAGGAGCUCGCGGAGGCGAGUCGACGGCGAGAGGAGAGGAUUAUUUGGGAAGAACCGGCGUCGACGCGAACCGAACGGCCGUCAGGACACGAAGGGGCGGGAAGCCGGGAGAGGAGACAGGUGCCUGAAGAAGAGACUUUCUCCCUCAGAAACCUCGCUGCUUCCAUACGAAAAUAA